CCUUUAUUGAGGCUAUUUGACAGUUAUAAUCUUGCCAGCUUCCCACUCGUAUAAGUAUUAAGUAAUUUCAGACUUCGCCCAUCAUUUCCUUCAAGAUUUCAGCUCUGAACUUCAUUGAAUCAUUGGUACCAGAUUCAAGGAUUCGAGUAAACAAAGAGAUCAUUAUUUCAGUCUUCACAGAGUAGCAUUCCAUUGAGAAGAAAAUGGUAGCCACAAGCAAUGGAAAUCUUCAAGAAGAUAGCAUACCUGAAUAUGAUAGGAGAAGUGAAGUUCAAGCUUUUGAAGAUUCAAAAGUCGGUGUAAAGGGCCUCCUUGAUUCUGGGCUGACAAAGAUCCCACGGAUAUUUCUUAACAAACAGUUCAUACUGGAAAAGAAGUCAGCUUCUGCUACAUCUCAAUUCGUUAUUCCAGUCGUAGACUUUGAAGGCUUGGGCAGUAGUGCUGCUAGGCGAGUUGAAAUUGUUAACAUGAUUAGGGAUGCCUGUGAAAGCUGGGGUUUUUUCCAGGUGAUCAACCAUGGUAUUCCGGAUGAUGUCAUGGACAAAAUGCUUGAAAGUGUGCGCCAUUUUCAUGAGCAAGACUUUGAGGUGAAGAAACCUUUCCAUUCACGUGAUGUCAAGAAGAAGGUCACAUACAAUAGCAAUUUUGAUUUGCUCGUGGCGCCAACAGCUAAUUGGCGGGACAGUCUUUACUGUAUCAUGGCUCCAGAUCCCCCUGAACCUAAAGAAUUCCCCAAUGUCUGCAGGGAUAUCAUGAUCAAAUAUGCAGAACAUGUGAUGAGCUUGGGUUAUACACUGUUUGAAUUGCUAUCAGAAGCUCUUGGGCUUGAUCCAGAUCACUUGAAAGGAAUGGAUUGUGCAGAGGGGCUUUACAUUGUUGGCCAUUAUUAUCCUCCAUGCCCUGAACCGGAUUUGACUUUAGGCCUUAGCAGCCACACUGAUAGUGGCUUCCUCACUCUUGUUUUACAAGAUCAACUUGGUGGCCUCCAAGUUCUGCAUGAAGAUGUGUGGGUUGAUGUCCCUUUCUUUCCCGGAUCAUUGAUAGUAAACAUUGGAGAUAUGUUACAGCUUCUCACGAACGAUAAGUUCAAAAGUGUUCAUCACAGAGUGCUAGCAAAGCCGGUAGGUCCCAGAAUUUCGGUGGCUAGCUUUUUCAGGAUGCAUUUUCAGGAAGGCAACGACGCAAAAACUUAUGGUCCUAUAAAGGAGUUGCUAUCAGAAGAAAAGCCUGCUGUCUACCGAGAGACCACCAGGAAAGAGGUUACAAUGGUUAGGUACAACAAAGGGCUUGAUGGAAGUACUUUGCUAUCUCAUUUCAAGUUGCAAAACUAGUGGAUAGAUAUAAAAUAUAAAAUCCCCUGUUGAAUAAGUAGGAAACCUUGAUUGAGUUUGUGGUCUAAGGUGAAAUGUUGUAGCAUAAAUUUUCUCACAGAGAUUACCACUGCUGCUGGUUUGUUUGUGUAUCAGCAUGUGAUAAAUAAGGUAAUUGUUUAGAAAUGGAAGAAUUGUAGUCUGUAUGAUUAUCAUAAAGGGAGAAUAUUUAAGCAAAUCACCCUUGUUUUCACCA